UUCGCAAUCAAGUUCAUCAUUUUUUUUAUUUAAAUUUUAUUUUCUUUCCCUUUUAAAUUUUUUUAUAUUUAUUUUGGUAUACAAAGAUUUAAUUAAAAAAAAAUCAGAAAAAAAAUAAAAUAUCAAAAAAUUUUAUGAAGGAAAAUAGAUUAUUUUUAUACGGUGUUAAAUACAUCAAUUCCAAUAAAAAGAAAAGGCAUUCCUUGUGGAAGUUCAUGAUGAGUAUGCUAUUGGGUCUCAUUCUUAGCCUAGUAGUUCAAAUUUCAAUUAUGUCGCGCACUCCUUGCCAAAUAUUCUAUAGUUUUUAUAAAGCAGCGAAAUCUAUACCUUACCCUCCUUCGGAAAAGAGCGCGAAUUUAGAUAUACACCGUCGCGAUGAUGAGCAACACAGACUAGAUCAAAACUUACCUUCACUUGACGGAGUUGGGAAAGAAUUCGAGGAUAUUUAUAAUGGCUCGCGAAUGAAUGAAUUCCCGGCUAAAAAUCUGAUCAUUGUGGGAGUAAUGACCGCAAAAAAAUUCUUAAACACUCGUGUUAUCGCUGGCCAUCGGACCUGGGCUAAUACGAUACCGGGCCGGGUUAUAUAUUUUUGUAGCGAUAUCCAAGAUAAUAGUAGCUCUCGUUCAACUGCCAAUAUUUUUCAAUCAUCGCCAAAUUUCAGACCUCAGAGAGUCAGAAUCAACGUGGAUACAUCUAAUCCUAAUAUUAAUUAUGCCUUUAAAGAUUUUGACAAAGAUGUUGAUAAUGAUGAUAACGAGCCUCUAAUCAUAUCCUUACCAGGAGUAACUGACGAUUAUCCUCCGCAGAAAAAAUCGUUUAUGAUGUUAAAAUUUCUCUACGACAAUUUUAUCGACGAGUUUAGAUGGUUUGUUCGUGCCGACGACGAUGUUUUCAUAAAAGGAGAAGAAUUGGGAAGAUUGCUAAAAUCGCUCAAUGAAAACGUUCCUUACUUUAUAGGGCAAACAGGACAAGGGAUGAAGGAAGAAAUGGGUUUAUUAAAUCUCAAUUACGAUGAAAACUUUUGCAUGGGAGGACCAUCUAUUAUAAUGAGCAGAGAGACACUAUUCAAAAUGGCUCCUCAUAUAAAAUAUUGUCUUAAUCAUCUCUACACCUUUCACGAAGACGUCGAAAUCGGAAGGUGUGUCAAAACAUUUGCCGGAAUACCAUGUUCCUGGUCAUAUGAAACUCAAAAGCUGUUCCUGCAUAAUUCUUUCGGUACAAUUUUGAUGGGAAAUAGCAGCGCGAAAAGUAUAAACGCCUAUAACCGAGCUAUCACAUUGCACCCUUUCAAAAAUCAUUUGGGAUUUUAUGACGCUCAAGCUCAUUUUUUAAAUCUAAAGCUUAGAUCGUACCGACAUCUUUUGUGGAAAUUAUUAAGAAAAAAAGCCACGUUUGCCACCACCCAAAAAAAAGUGACAGCAGCUUUAAUCGAAGAUUUCGAUUAUAACCCGGUUUACAAAACGAAAAAGGACAUUCCUCAAUACGCUUACAUAGUUAAGGAUUACAUCUUACUUUCUCAUUUGAGAAGUAAUCCAAAAAGAAAAUUAGAUAACAAUAUCCGAGUACUAAUUAACGAUAUUAAAAACGGAAUAGUAACGCAACUCAAUAGAUUAGUGAAUACGGAGAAUAUUUAUUUUACUAAAGGCGAAAUACAUUGGGCUUAUAUAUCUUUAGACAAUCCAUAUGGCAAUAAACUGUAUCUUAGCAUUAUGUUUUGUUACCAUAAGGAUGGAGCAGAUCUCAACAAUUGGAUAGAAGGAGAGUUUUCGAUUAUAUAUCCGUUCUUAAAUCUGAUAUUCGAAGAAGCGAACUUUUCGAAUAACGCCAAAGUGUCUCUGGACCAUAAAGCUAGUAAAUAUUCUAACUCUCUGAUCGAUUUUUCGAAUCUAAUAUGGAAACCAAUGCUGAGUAAAUUUGUAAAUAAUAUUCCACUACCACUGGAUAUAGUACCAGCUAGAGCAAUAAAUAAUAUUCCCAAAUAUAGCGUGUUGCACAAAGCGGAACCGAAUAGAUAUCGUAUCAAUUUUAUAGUACCGUUGUGCGGAAGAUUAAAUAAUUUCAAACGAUUUUUGAAUAACUUCGAAACGAUUUGCUUAAAAAACAAAAUCGAAACGAGUCUAUUGAUCGUAUUAUUCAAAACACCGCAAGAUAUAAAGCGAGAAGAAUUAAAUGUUGAUUUGAAUUCGACUAAUAUUAACCUUACCACCGACACUGAAUCAACGAUAACGUUGAUCGAUAAACUGAGAGAAGCGUACAGAGAUUACAGUUCGUUAAUGAACAUUUUACAGGUAAAGGGAGAGUUUUCGAGAGGGCUAGCUUUGGAAAUAGGAGCGUCGCAAUAUGUAAGUCAGGAUUUGCUUUUUUUCAUAGACGUGGACAUGAUUUUCGAUUAUGACUUCCUAAGACGAGUUAGAUAUUUUACAAAGUUAAACGAAUCCAUUUAUUUCCCCAUAGUAUUUAGCCAAUUUAAUCCCGAUUUCACUUAUGGGAACGAUUCUAUCAACAAACGCAAACUCCCAUCCUAUUUAUAUGAAAACGUAGAUAAUUCGAGUUCAACUAACACACGUGAUUUACAUUCAUUCAAGGUGACUGCUAAGACGGGCACUUGGAGGAGUUACGGUUAUGGCAUAGUCGGUAUAUAUAAAUAUGAUUUCACGAGGGUUGGCGGGUUUGAUAUGGGCAUAUUUGGGUGGGGCAAAGAGGAUGUUGACUUGUUCGACAAAUGUAUAGCUAAAAAAUAUGACGUCAUACAUGCGCCAGAUCCGGGAUUGAUUCACGUGUUUCACGAUUCAAUUUGUCCGCCAACCUUGAAUAAUGACCAAUUCAUAAUGUGUAUAAAAUCAAAAUCGAGCACUUUAGGAAAUCAUUACAAUUUAUAUAAUCAUCUAUUCAAAUCGUAAGUCUCCUUUAAGCCCUAUAUGAUAUAUAAUUUUAUAAAUAUUGAUCUCAAAAGGUGGUACAUAAAGUUAGAAUUCAAAAAAUACAAAUUUUUUCAAUCUACGUGAAAUACUAUCAUCCAAAAUAAUAAUAUUUAUAAAUAUAAUUAAAGUAUUUAUUUGAUAAGAUCACACCCAUUAUAAAUUUAUUAUUCAUUUAUUAGAAAAAUUAUACGGGAAGUUUUCUGAAUAAAAACUAUGCAAUUAUUGAAAAUUUUUUUUUGCUAUAAAUUUUUAUAAAAUUCGUAAUUUUAUAAUUUUUCGUAAAAAAUCGAACUUUAAAUUUACCAAACAAA